GAUACCUCGACGUCAUUCCGUCUCCGAGGCUCUCCCGAAUUCAACCAAUUCCUCCCGCAAAGUCGUUCCCCGACGGCUUCCCGACGCUUUUACCUCCUCAGGCUCAGUCCAUUGCGUGAAUAGCGACAUCUAUUUGAUUUUAUCGACUUGUCCGUUUAAUUUACUGCCAUUAAGUAAAUUAACGGCAACGUGACAGGCUGCGAAAGAAGACCGGAGCCGAGCAAAUAAGAGAGGAAAAAAACAUGGCAUCACCAGAUAAACCCCCUUCCACUGCAACACGGCUGUAUCAACCGCCCACCAUAGCACUCGCCAUUUAUCCGAUCACUUUAAUCGUGGGAUCAUUGUUUUCUGUCCUCUCUCCGACUGCACAGGGCACGCGAGAUCCUCCACAAAACCAUCCUACUCCCCUGGCCCCUUCAAUCGCCGCCGACGUGAACCUCCCGCAGCAUCCUGUCAAUUACUUCGCCCGUAAGGACAACGUCUUCAAUGUAUAUUUUGUGAAGAUUGGCUGGCUAUGGAUUACUGCAGCCUUCGCUUCUCUGCUAUUCUCCCAACCCUCGUACACGACCUCGUCCAGCCAACAACCGCGGCGGGUCGGUCAGGCGCUCGCUCGUUAUUCCCUCGCUACCUUGGUCUGGUACCUGACUACACAAUGGUCUUUCGGUCCGGCGAUUAUCGAUCGCAGUUUUGUGAUGUCGGGUGGGAAGUGUGAGCAGAUCAUCCCACAGGCUGAAGAGGGUUCGGCUAGCCUCCACACGCUGUUGACGGCUACAGCGUGCAAAUCCGCCGGUGGAGCAUGGAAGGGUGGUCAUGAUUUGAGCGGGCAUGUCUUCAUGUUAGUUCUUGCGACUGCGAUGCUGGCAUUUGAGGCGAUCGGGGCAUUGAGAGGCGCCGCGGACAUCGACCACGAUAGCAAAAAGUCGGACGGAGAUAGCGAGUCGACCGGGCCGAGGAAGUGGUCCAUCUGGUUUGUGGGCGGAGUGGCGGGCUUGGGUUGGUGGAUGCUGUUAAUGACUGCUAUCUGGUUCCAUACGUGGUUGGAAAAGGUAUUUCGCCCCCUCUGGUAUACGUGUUCAAGCGGAAUGCCUUUUCCCUUAUAGAUUGGCUAAUACGUGACAGUUAACCGGCUUGCUGGUUGCCCUGGGCGCGGUCUACACCAUUUACAUUUUGCCACGGUGGGUCGUCCUCUGGAGGGACAUCGUGGGCAUUCCGGGUGUAUAGAUCGUUCAUUGUUCUGUUUCUGUUUACCUGAUGUUGAUACGAUUUACCAUUCGGGGCAUAUGAUGUCGAGCAUACACGGGAUCUGGCGCAGAUGAUUGAUGCAUAUUGUAGAGUACUACAUAAGAAUAUACACAUAGUCUCCUUUUAA